AUGGCGCCUCGAGUUAAUUCAAAUGGGCUAUGUAGCUGGUUUAACAACCUGUCCCUGAGCCGGGUCGGGUACCAGCCGUCGAGGACGAUUGCAUCGAAGAGCAAAGUACGACGGAGACGGGACCCGUUUGCAAUGGCUCAGGCACGUCAGCGGAAGGCAGCCAAUAUAUCUCGACACCGCCAGUUGAACGAAGCGCGCACUGCAGCUCUUGGUGACCCCGUAGCCAGCGAGAGCACACCUCUGAUCGAAGCCAUGCUCAAUCCAUCACUCUACCCGACCCUGGGCUCCAAGGGAGUGCAUGUCCCCCCCGGCAACGACGAGAUGAGCUACGUGAAUUACUGUAUCUCCAAACAAGAGCUUGAAGACGCCCUCGAGAGGUCCAAGAAGCUCACGCGACCCGUCGAGCCCAUUGACAGCAGCACAUUCGACCCUCAGCAGGCCGAAGACGCAGCCAAAAAACACGAAGAGGACCACAAGACGGCUGAGGAAGCCGUGCGAAGAAUCCUGAUGAUGAAGAACGGCAACAACAAGAACCGAACGAAGCUGAACGUCAAGCGAUCGAUCGAUAUACUUGGACGCCACAACACUGACCGAGUGCUUGACAUCAAACCCGCAGCCGCCGGCCAGGAUCCCGCCAGUCUCGAGGCAUCCGCCAAACGACCGCGUGCUGGGCCUGAUACGGGCUCGCCAGAGGUGCAAGUUGCUAUCCUGACGUCUAGGAUCCUGGUGCUGGCCAACCAGCUGAAGACGACCUCACACAAGGACAAGCACAACAAGCGCCGACUACGACUGUUCGUGCACAGGCGACAGAAGCUGCUCAAGUAUCUACGGAGGAAGGAGAGAGGAGGCCCGAGGUGGCAGAACCUGAUGGAGACGCUUGGGUUGAAGGAUGCCGCGUGGCAGGGUGAGAUUACACUGAGGUGA